UAUGCUAAAAACUCUGGGUUUUGCCAACCCUGGUAUAAAAUAACUUACAAUUAAGGGUAAAACUCAAAUUAUUACAUAUUGCACUUGUUUUUCCAAAAUUAUAUGUUGUUAUCAUAUGAUAAAUUCAGGAAUCAGCCGUAGAGAUUACAGGCUUAUCCAGAAGGGGCUGAAGAAACUUAAUCAUGUGUGUCCGCCCUGUUCCGAGGCAGCCCAGGAGUUAAGUGAUCCAAACAGUACCAUGCCCAUGGACAUCUCUCAGGACAUGCACUCUACAAUGAUAGAUUCAUCUCAAGUGCACGGGACAUUCCAUCUACAGGUGAGCAUAGAGUCUGUAACGAUGCCGCCACAGUCACCGACGCCUCCAUCACCUGCUCUAUCACUGCCGCCACCACCGACGCCUCCAUCACCUGCUCUAUCACUGCCGCCACCACCUACGCCUCCAUCACCUACAGCUUUGCAGCUACCUCAGAACUGGACGUUCCCACCACCACCAUCACCACUAGGUCCGUCACCACCAUCACCAUUGUCAUCUGGGUUUGACAUUUCCAGACACGGCUCUGCUGACACGACCAUGUAUGCUGAACAAUCGCUUGACGAACGACCAAUGUCUCAGACAAUUCUGGAAGAUGCCGGUGAGGUUACCUAUGACGUCAUCAAAGAAGGAACCAUUCGUAAGAAACCGAAGCUAGUUACAUCAGAUGGACACUCCUACGUCAUAAAGGCCAAGCAGGAGGCCGUGCGACAUAUAGAACUCAGACCGACCAUGUUUGUCGAUGAAGCCAUGACGUCAUUGUUUGGGUCCAAAGACAGCAGAAUACCAAAAACAAAAUCAGUCAUCAGAAAAAUGCACCGUGCCAGGGAGGGGGUUCUCCCAAAACAGCCAAAGAACUUGGAUUUCGAGUUUGAUGACGAGUUCCUCAAGGAGCCAUUUUGGGAGGAGAUGUCCAUGUGA